AGGUGAUUAAAGUAAUAGCUUACUUUGCAACAAUGGCUAUAAAGAUGUCAUCUUCACCUAAAGUGGAAGGUCCGGAGGGAAAAGCUUCUAAUUCUAUAAAAAAUUUUGUACAAAAUUUGGGAGGGACUACACCUAUUAAAAGUGUACUUAUAGCUAAUAAUGGUAUAGCUGCUGUAAAGUGCAUUAGGUCCAUCCGAAAAUGGUGUUAUGAAGUUUUCGGAGAUGAACGUGCCGUUAAAUUUGUAGUGAUGGCCACGCCUGAAGAUAUUGAAGUCAACUCAGAAUAUAUAAAAAUGGCGGAUAGUUACGUGCGCGUUCCUGGGGCUUCGAACUGUAACAACUACGCUAAUGUUAAAAUAAUCUUAGACAUAGCUCAAAAGAGUAAAGUUCAGGCUGUGUGGGCUGGUUGGGGCCAUGCUUCUGAAAAUCCCAAGCUACCGGAGUUGCUUAAAGGUCACGGCAUUAUAUUUAUUGGCCCUCCAGCCAGUGCUAUGGCCUCUUUGGGCGAUAAAAUUGCGUCAACCAUAGUUGCACAGUCCGCCGGCGUGCCUACUCUCCCAUGGAGCGGGUCUGGCGUGACUAUCCCACUGAACACAAACUCUUCCAGCGUCGAGCAACCGUUUACAAUCCCCGAAGAAGUUUACAUGCGCGGAGCGGUCUCCAGCGUGACCGAGGGGCUUGCGUCUGCGAGAAGAAUCGGCUUUCCAGUGAUGAUCAAAGCCUCUGAGGGCGGCGGUGGCAAAGGGAUCCGCUUAGUAGCCAACGAGGACGACUUCAAGUCCCUCUUCGAACAAGUUCAGCUGGAGGUGCCUGGCUCUCCGCUUUUUGUGAUGCAGCUCGCCAAGCGGAGCCGACAUCUGGAGGUGCAGCUUCUUGCGGAUCACUACGGAAGCGCCAUCGCUCUUUUUGGGCGCGACUGCUCCGUCCAACGACGCCACCAGAAGAUCAUCGAGGAGGCACCUGCCACCGCCGCGCCCAGAGAAAUUUUCCAUCAAAUGGAGAAGGCGGCUGUACGGCUGGCGACUCUUGUAGGCUACGUGAGCGCAGGGACGGUGGAGUAUUUGUUCGACGAGGUGACGAGCAACUUCUACUUUCUGGAGCUGAAUCCACGACUGCAAGUGGAGCAUCCCUGCACGGAAAUGGUCUCCGACGUCAACCUUCCUGCCGCGCAGCUGCAGAUCGCCAUGGGAAUUCCACUCCACCGCAUGAAGGACGUCCGCCUCCUCUACAACGAGCAUCCUUGCGGGGUAGGCCCCAUCGACUUCGACGAUAUUUCACGACGGAAACUGCCUCAUGGUCACGUGAUUGCCACUCGAAUCACUGCAGAGAAUCCAGAUGAGGGCUUCAAGCCCUCAAACGGGUCGAUGGCCGAACUGAAUUUCCGCUCCUCCACGAACGUGUGGGGCUAUUUCUCAGUAACCGCGUCAGGCGGACUGCACGAGUAUGCGGACUCUCAGUUCGGGCACGUGUUUGCUUGGGGAGAGGAUCGCGAACGAGCCAGGCAAAAUCUCGUCGUGGCGCUCAAGGAAAUCUCGAUUCGGGGCGAUUUUCGAACGAUCGUGGAAUAUCUAAUCAAACUUCUCGAAACAGACGAUUUCAUAAACAACCAAAUCGAUACCGGCUGGCUCGACGAGCUGAUCCGAAAAAAAAUCAAAGCCGACAAACCGGAUAAAAUGACGGCUGUUGUAUGCACGGCGGUGCACAUGGCCUCCCUCCGUCUCAAGGCCCGCGUGGAGUCUUUUUCACGUUCGCUAGAAAAAGGACAAAUUGGAGACUAUAAUUUGCUCUCGACGACAAUUCAGGAGGAGAUUAUCUACGAAUCAGAAAGGUUUAAGUUUCAGGUUUCGGCAAUGGGCCCAACCGUGUAUAUUGUUGCACUGGCUGGAAGGGAUGAAUACUUGGAACUCGAGCUUCAAAGGCUAAACGACGGAGGCUCGCUUAUUCUCUUGAAUAACCAGAGCCACAUACUCUACAUGAACGAUGAAGUGGACAAAUACCGCAUAGUUUUAGAUGGCAAAACCGCGCUUUUUCUAAAGGACAAUGAUCCGUCUGUGGUCCGGGUUAACUCCCAGGGGAAACUGAUGCGCUAUCUCGUUCCAGACGGAAGUCGCGUGAAAGCGGGCCAGUCAUUCGCCGAGUUUGAAGUCAUGAAGAUGAUUAUACCGCUGAUCUCUGAGGAGUCCGGCAUCCUGCGCUACUCUCUUCCAGCGGGAUCGAUUCUUAAGAACGGGGACAUUGUGGCAAAGUUGCUACUAGACGAUCCAGCCAGUAAAAAGACCGUUACCACUUAUUCCGGCCGUCUGCCAGGCUACACUUCUUCCUUAGAGGGCUCCAAAAUUCAUGAAAUCAAAAACAACCGUUAUACGGCGUUACGCUAUGUCAUGGACGGAUAUUCAUGCCCGGAGCCGUUAUUUUCAAAAUAUAUUUUCGAAACCUUCCAUGAACUUGUGAAAGCUUUGAACGAUCCUGCAUUACCGCUUUUGGAAAUACAAGAGGCCCUCUCGUCUCUGGACGGGCGCGUCCCCGCCAAUGUGGAAGUCACCAUCAACGCCGUUCUGGCGGAUUACGCCAACAGUAUCGGCAGUGUGUUCGCCACUUUUCCAACGCAGGCUGUUGCUAGUGCCCUCGAUCGGCACGCCUCAACCCUCAGAAAGGGCGAAGACGACCAAUUUUUUGCCACCUUCACGCCGCUCAUUCAGCAUAUCCUCAAAUAUAGAAACGGUAUUGAAGGCCACUGCAAGACCACGUUGUUGGAAUUGGUGGAGCAAUAUUUCUGCAUUGAAAGACUUUUCUGUCAAGAAACGUUUGAAGAUGGUCUUAUUAAAUUGCGAAAGCAUGAACGAAGCGAAGUAGACAAACUCGUUAAAAUUGCGCAGAGUCACUGGAAUGUGGCCAACAAAAACGUGAUCGUCCUGAAAAUAUUGGACUAUUUAUGUGGAAGCGACGGCGCUUUCUUGUUGGAGGAAGAUCGAAAUUUACUGAAACAGUUGGCGUCGCUAACUCAAAAGGAGAACAGUCUUGUGGCGGCCAAAGCUAGGAAGAUCCUCAUCCAGUCGACCAUGCCUUCCUUCCAGCGGCGUUAUCUCGAUAUGAAACUUUACUUACAGGCAGCCGUGGAGAGCACGGGCCAAUCUAGCUUGAAAGCCAUGCAGCUAUUGGUCAAUCAAUCCGGCGCCGUAAUGGACACCCUGACUGCUUUUUUCGGGCACGAGGACUCCGCCAUCCGACUGGCAGCCCUCGAAGUCUACGUCCGCCGGGCCUAUCGGGCUUAUUCCUUGCAGGCUCUCCAGAACAUUGUGAUCAAUGGCUGCAAUUUAGUGCAAUGGAACUUUUUUUUCCCGCCCAACCACCCCGAGCUGUCCCUCGGCACCAUCGACUCGCUUAACGAGGAAGUUCUUUCUGAGUCAAUCGGGGGUGCUAGACAACAAUGCUGUGAGAAAACCACGCGGGAGUACGGCUUCAUGGUUGCCUUUGAGCAACUCGAGCAGGCUAGUGAGCACAUGCCUGUUAUUUUAGAGCAUCUCAUGGGCUACAGUAAUAGUGAGGAGUCUUUUUUCUGUCCCCAACGAAAUCUCCUCUACGUCACCUUGACAGCUAUUCCUCGGGCAAAGGACAUGGAGGACCCAGAGCUACUGGCCCUCCUCACUCCAUUCGUUCAGCUCUUCAUAGAGACUUUUGCUCAGAAAAGCGUCCGGCGUAUCACUUUUAUCGUUGUCUGCCAGAAAAUGUUCCCGAAAAUAUUCUCUUUCCGAGCCCACUUGCACUACUGCGAGGAUGCCAUUUAUAGGCACAUCGAGCCGGCAUUGGCGUUUGAGCUUGAACUGUACCGAAUGCGAAACUACACCAAUCACUAUGUGCCCACCAGCAACAAAAACAUCCACUUAUAUUUCUCCGAGUCCAAGGAAGGUUCCGGUCUGCCCUCUGCCCACGACAGGCGCUUCUUUAUACGGAGUAUUAUAAGGCACGCUGACUUGAUCUCCAAGGAAGCCUCAUUGGAGUACUUUUUGAGUGAAGGCGAAAGGCAGGUGGUGGAGUCUUUGAAUGAACUGGAAGUUGUUUUUGAGGAUCCGCGAUACUACAAAACGGACUGCAAUCAUUUGUUCCUUAACUUUGUGCCAGUUAUUUCAUUGGACCUUGACCCGCUGCUCGAAGUUUUGAAGCAACUUAUCCUCCGUCACGGCCGUCGCUUCUGGAAAAAUCGUGUUCUCCAAGCGGAAAUAAAACUCGUGGCGAGGCUCCAUAGCGACGAGAUAGCCACUGUCCUCCGCCUAGUCGUGAAUAACGAAUCGGGUUACGACCUCCGCUUCUAUGUAUACGCGGAGAGGUCUGAUGAUGGCGCUGGCCGCACCAAGUUUUAUUCGCUGAACCGCAGAAAUGUAGGGCCGUGGGAAGGGAAGGACGUGUCUUCUCCGUACGUCACUAAAACGCAGCUGCAGCGGAACCGCUUUAUAGCACAAAGCAACAACACCACUUACAUUAGAGACUUUCCCGAGCUAUUUAUGCAGGCCGUCCGCCUCCAAUGGCAGAGAUCCCGACCCGCGUGUGCCAUGCCGGCCUCCUUCUGCGAGUUUACCGAGUAUACUCUCGAUGACGUUAAUAGCCUCGUCGAGACUGGCAGCCUACCCGAGCCGCCGCUAAUCGGUAUGGUCGCCUACAAACUGACCUUUCGCACUCCAGAAUAUCCGGAUGGCCGCGAGGUGAUGCUUGUUGGCAAUGACAUCACGCACCGCAUUGGCUCGUUUGGCCCCAGGGAAGACCUUUUGUUUUUGAAGGCCUCCGAACUUUCCAGAAAACUCGGCAUUCCCCGCAUUUACAUCUCUGUUAACUCAGGUGCUCGAAUCGGAUUAGCCCGAGAAGUUCUGGAGCAAUUCAGAGUUUGUUGGGUGGACGAGAAGCAGCCGUCUAAGGGCUUCAACUAUCUUUAUGUCACUCCCGCGGCCUACGAAUCACUCAAGGGCAGCAACUCCAUUCUUGCGGAAAAGCUCCUGGAGAAUGGCGAGGAGCGCUACGUGAUCACUGAUGUCAUUGGCAAGGAGGACGGUCUUGGUGUGGAAAACCUCCACUACUCUGCACUUACUGCCGGCGAGACAUCGAGAGCCUACGACGAAGUUUUUACGCUCUCCAUCGUUUCCUGCCGGUCUGUCGGGAUUGGCGCCUAUCUUGUCCGACUUGGCCAGAGAGUCAUACAGGUGGAGGGCUCCAGCAUUAUUCUCACCGGCUCGGAAGCGCUAAACAAGAUGUUGGGGUCCAGAGUCUACUUAUCUAAUACGCAGCUUGGCGGCACUAAAAUUAUGUAUCCCAACGGCGUCACUCACAUCGUCGUUCCUGACGACUUUGCCGCCGUUACGAAGACUGUGGAUUGGCUGUCGUAUAUUCCAGACAGAAGAAACGCACCGCUGCCAAUGGCAUUGCCCCCUACGGACCCGUACUACCGUCCUAUCGAUUUUACGCCCACCAAGGCCCCGUAUGACCCUCGGCACAUGAUUGCUGGAGUUGUCCAUCCGUAUAAUCCCGACGAGUUUGUACACGGCAUGUUCGACAAGGGUUCUUGGAUGGAAACGCUGGGUGGAUGGGCGUGUACGGUGGUCACUGGCAGAGCGCGAUUGGGCGGCAUACCCGUAGGAGUCAUUGCCGUCGAGACAAGAAGUGUGGAAGUAAUGUAUCCGGCAGACCCAGCCAGUCCCGAGUCGGAGGCUAAAGUUGUGGUACAACCGGGACAGGUGUGGUUUCCGGACUCCUCUUUCAAGACGGCGCAGACUAUUCGCGACGUUAAUAAUGAACAGCUUCCUUUGAUUAUACUCGCUAAUUGGAGGGGCUUUUCUGGUGGAAUGCGCGAUAUGCACAAUGAAAUACUGAAGUACGGCGCACAGAUUGUAGAUAGCCUCAAGGACUUUCGGCAGCCAGUGUUGGUGUACAUCCCGCCCGCCGGCGAGCUUCGGGGAGGGGCUUGGGUGGUCGUAGAUCCGGCCAUCAACCCGGACAUGGUGGAGAUGUACGCUGCUGAGGGCGCACGAGGCGGUAUUCUCGAGCCCGAAGGCACCGUGGAAAUAAAGUUCCGCCGCGCGGAGCAGCGAAGGAAAAUGAUGCAGCUCGAUUCGGUUUACAAGGAAUUAUUCCUUAAAAAAGAGUCUCUGGAAAAGUCUCCGGGAGGGCCGGAGAACGAACUGGAGAAGUGCAAGAGCGAGUUGACUGCAAGAGAGCAGGAGAUUGGCCCUAUAUACCACCAGGUGGCGACCCACUUUGCGGAUCUGCACGACACCACUUCUAGGAUGAGAGAGAAAGGAGUUAUCUCGAGAAUUCUGGAGUGGAAGACUUCAAGAGAGUAUUUAUACUGGAGACUGAGACGUAGAAUCCACGAGCUCGAGGUCUACAGAAGACUAAAGAAUGCGAAUGGCACGCUAGCACAUGGGCACGUGAUAUCUAUGCUAAGGCGUUGGCUGGUAGAAACUACAGGAGAUGCUGGAGCGGACCUCUGGAACAGCAACAAAUUGGUCGUCCAUUGGUUCAGUGACUUUAAAGAUGUGAUUGAUAGAAACAUAACGGAAGUACAAAGGAGCCUCCAAGAGGGGCUGAUAGAGUCCAUGUGCCUGGAAGACAAGCAACUUGCCUGCCAGACGAUCAUUUCUCUACUCAAGCACGUGACUCCCUACCAAGCCGAGCAGAUUUCCUCGGUUCUUAGUCGCUUACGGGCGGCAUGAAGCCUUCGAAGUGGAUCAAUAUUUACUAUAAUACGUGUGUAUACGUUGGGUUAACUUUAAUAGUAUCAAUUAAUAAAAAGCG